GGAUUUGAAAUGGCUGAUACACUUUAGUUUGUAGCUAUAAGUUCUAUCCUCUCACAAGCCACAGACGUCAUACCAGGAGACUAAGCUAUCUCCUUGGGACCUUUCGGCUAAAAUACAGCUGUCUGUACUUUAGUGCAGCUGGAAGAAAAUCACCAAAAACAGAGUGAGCCUUGGCAAGUAGCAAGUUUGUACGCCCUCUAGAUAUAAAAGACGAUGGAAUCUAAUUUCUCCGUGACUCUCUCCACCAACGCCAGCUACAAACCUGUGGAGGUGUUUACACAGAGAGUGUUCAAGGGAAGCACAGAGCACCUCGUCAAGUGGUGUCUCUCAGAGGACAAAAGACUCACCAACACGGCCAAUUCCCUCAAGACAUCUCGUGAUGGACUCUGUCAAGAGUAUACGGUGUGGAUGAGGGAGGAGGAGAUGAGUGCGUGCUGUCCACAGCUGCUCUCCAUGGAGAUAGUGAGGCCAUCUCAGGGAGAGACCAAGCUCACAGAAGAGCCCUCCCACGAGGAAGAGCCCCUCACUGAAAUGAAGGAUGACAUAAACAACCUCAUCUCUCGUGCUAAAAGACUGUCCACCCUCCCCUCUAGCGGCAAGAUGCUCUCAAACACCCUCAACAUCCUUAGUGCCUAUGCCAACAUCGGAGCAUUAGCCAACACUUUUCGAGAGAGCGGAGCCCUCGAUCUUCUUCUCACUCUUUUGGCCACCAAAGAUAGUACUGCCCAUAAGAGUGCUGGAAACAUGCUACGCUCUUUGACGACCUUUGACCUCUCUAGUCGAGCAUACGUACUACUGCACCUGUCUAAGAUUGACUCCUCCCAGUUAACGUCUGUACAGGGACGUCAGAUGCUUCUCGAUCUGUUCUCUGAGACUGCCUCCUCUGGAGAAAGUGAAGCCCUACUGAGGGGAAUUACCCUACCACAGGUCCCUGGUCGCUACGUCUUCUCACUGCUCAAGAAAUACCUGAGAGUCAACUCGAUGACUGCCAACUCACAAAGUAGAGACAUUGACCCUAGUACUUCCAACUCCAAACCCUCUGAGUUUGAGAAGUUCUUUGCUCUGGAUCAGCUCGUGAGUGAACUGUUCACGUUCUUUGGCUGGUUCGAGGGCUCCAUCGAUCGAGAAGGAAAUGAGCCAGUCAAGACUAUGAAGGGCGUCUCCAUCUUCGCUGGCACUCUACCAGUAGAGGAGAAGCCUGCCAAAGAGAAGAAGAACCCUUACAAAUCACGAGACCACUUCCUCUCUGAUCGAGAGUACGGUCGCUACAUGAAGACCGUCCUGCAACCCGGCAUGAAGGUUCGGGCCAGAGAGACCUACGAGUCCAUCUCCAUGGGCGACUUUGGGGUAUAUCUACAGACCAACGACGGCACACCCCCUGCCCAGGUCACAUGGGAGGGACUAGGGGACGCCUACUGGGUGUACUGGCAUCAGGUGGACUUACUGCCCUCGGAGGACGAGAAGAAAACAACUGACUCCAGUGGUUGAGGAUGGCUAAGAGUUCUUUGCACGACGGCAGCAGGUGACUCUGUUCUCAGCACCCAACUACUGUGGUGACAAUGACAACGCGGGAGGGAUGACGAGUGUGGACUCCAGUCUCAUGUUCUUUCCAGAUUUUGAAGCCUUCUGAGAAGAAAGCCAAAUAUCAGUACUCUGACCUGAAUUCGGAUCGACCCAUCACCACCAAAGCAGCCUCUAAUAAAACCUAGGAUCACCUCCAAAUAACGCAUGCCCCAUAGUGUUCUAAUGGUAGACAUUUUUUCAUUAUGUAUAAUUAUAAUUCUGUACUGUGACGUCCAUAAGUAGUAUGUACUGUUGUGUUAUAGUAAUUAUAAAUGCUCCUCCUGCGAUAUAUUUUUUGUCAUGUUUA